AUGGCUUUGAAAGGUGUUAAUAUUUCCAUUCUUUGGCACUUUGCUUUGGCUCUUGUCAUUGUCAUGCUCUGCACUCCUAAUGUUAGUCUUGCUAAGAAAACAAAAAUCAUUGGCUUGAAAAUGAAUGCGAUUGAUCAUUGUUGGAGAUGGAACCCUGAUUGGCGAAGGAAUAGACAACAACUUGCCACAUGUUCAGUGGGUUAUGCUGGGAAGAUGGCCAACAACAUUGGAAGGGGCCUCACACAAUAUGUAGUCACUGAUCCUAGUGACAACCCAAUAAAUCCUAAACCAGGGACCUUAAGAUAUGGAACAACCAUGAUCAAAGGGAAAAAAUGGAUCACAUUCCUUAGAAGCAUGCGCAUUAGACUUCAAAAACCACUUCUCAUUAGUAGUUUCACAACCAUUGAUGGCCGAGGUGCUAAUGUUCACAUUGCUGGUAAUGCAUGUUUGAUGAUCUAUAAGCAAAGCAACAUAAUCAUUCAUGGUCUUCGUGUCCACCAUUGCCGAUCUCAACCACCUAGCACAGUAAUGGGUCCAGACUCAAAGAUAAUUUCACUAGGUCAAGUUGAUGGAGAUGCAAUUAGAUUGGUUACUGCAUCGAAGGUCUGGCUUGACCAUAAUACACUUUAUGAGAGUGAGGAUGGUUUACUUGAUGUCACUCGAGGUUCUACAGAUAUCACCAUCUCUAACAACUGGUUCAAAAAUCAGGACAAGGUCAUACUCCUUGGACACGAUGAUGGGUUCUUACGUGACAAGAACAUGAAGGUCACGGUCAUGUACAACCAUUUUGGACCUAAUUGCAAUCAAAGGAUGCCAAGAAUACGAUUUGGAUAUGCACAUGUGGUGAACAACCUUUACCAGGGAUGGAUGCAAUAUGCCAUAGGGGGAAGCAUGAAUCCUAGUGUCAAGAGUCAAGCCAACUUGUUCAUUGCACCAAAAUUAGGGAACAAAGAGGUGACGUGGAGAAAUGGUGAAAAAGGGACAUGGAAAUUCUACUCUGUGAAUGAUGUAUUUGAAAAUGGAGCUAGAUUCAUUGAAACGGGUGCUGGUGGGGUAAAGCCAAACUAUAACCAUGAACAAGUUUUUCGAGUUGCAGAUGCAAGAACAGUGAGGUCAUUGACAAAAUCAGCAGGUGCCUUACGAUGCUCCCCACGAUCUAGAUGCUAA